CCAGGUGAAGGCGCGCGCAAGGGGUGGGGUCAUGAAGUGGGCGUGGUUAAGCAGGCAAUUGAUUUGAAUGUGAUUUGCAUGCCCAGCCCCUGCCCGCGGUUCAGUUGGGUUCCCGAGGGACUAGCUGGUCCUAGAGUGGUAUCACAAGGUGAGGAGUUGCUGCGUAGCGCCUCGGAUGGAUGGGGCCUGGAAUCGGACGGGAUAGGGGGAGGUUUAUGCAUUAGGGUAAGAACCUGGAGGAUAAUAAAUCUGAGAGCCCUAGUGCCGGUGUGUUGCAGGUUGCGGGGAAUAUUUAGAUGCCGGCAACCCUGGGAGUCCAUGAGGGUGUAAAAGGAAGGGGAGCCUUGAAGGCCGUGCAGGGACUGUGAAAGCGUCUUUAAGAAGCCUCCUUAUCAGAUCCUUGGCGAUCUAGUUGCGGGGGUGGGGGGACGCAGGUAGGUAGGAGUCUAGGGUCAGAAGGAAUCAACACCCGUUUCUGGUGAAGGAUCAACCUUUGUCUUGCAGUAUGGUAUUGGGUGGUGGUAGUGACCAAUUAUCUGUGGGCCUCAGUUUACACUAGGAAUCUAGAAAUUCCUCCUUGCCCCUGGAGUAUCAGUGGUGUGGAAGACUUGGGUUGAACGUGGUGUUAGGGACGCAGGAGGACAAGUAGUGUGUUGAAGCUGUCUUGGCUUCCUGUUACCCUCUUUUUUCCUCUUACGAACCGGCUUCCUGCUCACAGAGACUAUCCCACCUGCAUUUCUAUCAAGACAAUCCAGUGAGAGUGUAUUGGAUGGUUUGGAUUUCUUACUUGUUAAUUGCCGAGAUCUUGUUUUUCCUUUUUGAGUAAGGUUGGGGAGGGGAGGGGGGUCACUGAGGAGGGCGGAGGGUGUGUGUGUCUUACUCCUUCCCUUUCUUUACUUAGCUUCUUUCUUUUCUCCUCAGAAGUUCCCCAGGGCUUCGAGUCACUGAACUGCCAUGUCUGGGAAUCCGGUGUCAACCCCAGAACAGAACAGUCAUGAAAACAAGACUACUAAUCUUAGGCAGUCAGAGAAGAAGUGCUCAUGGGCCUCCUACAUGACAAACUCCCCAACACUUAUUGUAAUGAUUGGCCUGCCAGCCAGGGGCAAGACUUAUGUAUCCAAGAAACUCACCCGUUACCUCAACUGGAUUGGGGUACCCACCAAAGUUUUUAAUCUCGGGGUAUAUCGACGUGAAGCAGUCAAAUCAUAUAAAUCCUACGACUUCUUCCGGCAUGACAAUGAAGAGGCCAUGAAGAUUCGAAAACAGUGUGCCCUGGUAGCUCUAGAAGAUGUUAAGGCAUAUUUCACUUAUGAAUGUGGUCAGAUCGCGGUAUUUGAUGCUACCAAUACCACCCGGGAAAGAAGGGACCUGAUCUUGAACUUUGCCAAGGAGAAUGCCUUUAAGGUCUUCUUCGUGGAAUCUGUCUGUGAUGAUCCUGAUGUGAUUGCAGCCAACAUUCUGGAAGUGAAAGUCUCGAGCCCGGACUACCCAGAAAGGAACAGGGAGAAUGUGAUGGAGGACUUCUUGAAGAGAAUUGAGUGUUACAAAGUCACCUAUCGGCCUCUUGACCCUGACCACUAUGACAAGGAUUUGUCCUUCAUCAAGGUGAUCAAUGUGGGGCAGCGGUUCUUGGUGAACCGGGUACAGGACUACAUUCAGAGCAAGAUUGUGUACUACCUCAUGAACAUCCAUAUCCAGCCCCGAACUAUUUAUCUUUGUCGCCAUGGAGAAAGCGAGUUCAACCUGCUGGGCAAGAUUGGGGGUGACUCUGGUCUCUCAUUUCGAGGAAAGCAGUUUUCUCAAGCACUGAGGAAGUUCCUGGAAGAGCAGGAGAUUGUGGACCUCAAAGUAUGGACCAGCCAGCUAAAAAGAACUAUUCAGACUGCAGAGUCUCUGGGGGUGACAUAUGAACAGUGGAAAAUCCUAAAUGAGAUUGAUGCUGGUGUGUGUGAAGAGAUGACCUAUGAGGAAAUUGAGAAGCAAUACCCAGAAGAGUUUGCUCUUCGGGAUCAAGAGAAAUAUCUAUAUCGUUACCCUGGAGGGGAGUCAUACCAGGACCUGGUGCAGCGGCUGGAGCCGGUCAUCAUGGAGUUGGAGCGCCAGGGCAACGUCCUUGUCAUCUCCCACCAGGCUGUCAUGCGCUGCCUUCUGGCCUACUUCUUGGACAACAGUGCAGAUGAGCUACCAUAUUUGAGGUGCCCACUCCACACCAUCUUCAAACUCACACCUGUGGCUUAUGGAUGCAAAGUGGAAACAAUAAAACUCAACGUGGAAGCUGUGAAUACUCACCGAGACAAGCCUACUGCAAAAAUGGGGCUGGUCAUGUGAAGGGACUUUUCCCCCAGAGCCCCUCAAGAUACCCGCCUUUGGAUAAGGAGGCCAGGGCCAGACUCUUCAGGAGACAACAGUCAGACCUACUGCUCGCUGCCAAGAUUGGGACCUCACCGAUGCAGGGACUAGAACAGGAAGCUAAGUGAGGGCAGUGGGGCAGCGGGGACCAUUCAGAAGAGGCCUGGAAAACAAAUGCAAAUAUAACCACUUUUUCUCUUCAAUGAAUAACAUGAAAAUCAGCCAGACUGGGAAACUCAGAGCCCCAGUAUAUCCCAGACUCCUUGAUGUCCUGGACCAACUUCUCUCAAUGGAAGCUUCAAUUUGUUUUUAAUUCUCUCUUCGAUGGAUUUUAGCCUGCAUGGAUUAUUCUGGCUUUUAUUUAGGCACUGCACAUCCUACCUGUGGCUGCCUGUGUCUUUAGCUGGCUGACUGCUUUAUCUGUGGGCACUAAGACAACUCUCUGAAUUUAGUUAUUACCUGGUGAGGGGACUGAUCUCUACAAAGAUUAGAACUUAAUCCUGGUCAUUUGUCAUCAUCCAUUUUAGGCAGUCAACUUUGAAGCCCAGAGUCCAUCUUCACCUUUGCAAUACAUUCCUCCUUCUUGAGAGGCAAAAGGAGGAAGAGUCCUGGGGAUCAGUCCCUUUGGUGAAAUGGCUUCCAUUACUUCAAAGGAAAAUCUUUUGUUUUGAAACUAUUUGUCUUGAUUUUAGAUUUUUGACCUAGACUCCAUGAGCGUAGAAUUAUCUGAAAAGCCCUCCAAGAUAAUAAGUCCAUGAUUGCUCCUCAUUUCUCCCUUAUAGUUAUUAUUCUUUCCCAUAUGGUUUUUUCCCCCCAAGCUGAUACCAUGUGCCUCUCAUAGCUGGAGAAGACCACAAUUCCUGGUGAGAGGAAGAUUAACAUUCUAUUUCCUUCCUUUUGGCAAUGAAAAAAGAAGGGUUUUUUUUGUUUGUUUUAUUUUAGAAAAUAACUUUACCUGAAAUGUCUCUGCAUCAAACUAUCAGGCCCUCAAUGGCAGGGUCUGUCUCAGGGCCUUAUGGUCUCCAAGGAGGCUGUGACUAACUAAGGAAGCCGUCACCAAGGCACCAAGACAGCAGCUUGGCCUGCCAACCUUCCCACACUUGGCCUGUCCCCCAGUUCAAGGGGCCCAUCCAGUUCCUUUGUCAGGGGUUCUAAGGGUAAGGGCAGAGCAGAUGCUCUCAGGGUUUGGGAGCUGGCUCCCUUGGUUUCCCUUACAGACUACGGGACUCUUGCCCUAUUACUCUGCAUUUGACUGUAGAAGAAAAAAGGGGUACAGGUUACCGUGCAUGGCAGUCAGAACUUCUAAGGCAAACCUGGAAAGUCUUAUAAGGAUAAUGAUCUUUUAAAAUUUUUGCUUUGCUUAUAAUUUUAAAAACAAUCACUGAGAUAAGCAUGUUAUGGAAUGGAGGUCAAUGGGGAAAAGGGCACAUGGAAGAAAGAAAGAAAGAAAAAGAGAACUUUUCCCAUGUGAUCUUGCUAUCACAUGGGAAAAAGUUCUUAUUUACUCAACAUGUUUAGAGCUGAGCUGCCGGCAGUUCAGCUUUCAGUGAGGGGGAAGAGGUCUGGGGAUCAGUCCCUUUGGUGAAAUGGCUUCCAUCACUUCAAAGGAAAAUCUUUGAUGUUAUGCACAUAUCCUUGCAUCCAAGUAGCCCCUCAGUCUUCUCUGGAACAGGUAAUAUGUUUUAACCUGGCUACUGGAAGCCAAUACUUGGAAAUUUUUCUCCUGCUUCCUGCCUUUUUGUAUGCAUCUGGUGAUGUCUUUAUUUUGAUUCUUAGCUUUGUUCAAUCCUUGCAGGGCAUUUGGAUUUGCCAUCCAGAUAACAAAUUCCUCUUUAUUAGAUGUCUUCAAGCAAACCCCUUGUAAUGCGUUUUUUACCUUGCUUAGGUAUGGUGUGGACCAGAUGGCCUCUGAUAGUCUUUCCAACUUGAUAUUCUGUGGGGCUCAGUUUUUCCAGCAAAGAUUUUUUGUAAAGUGAAUUUUCCUUAAGUGAAUCCUUUUUCCCCCACCAUUGAGUUCCUUUUAUAUAAUCAUUUUCUGAGGAAAACAAAUUAACUUACAAAUGUGAUAAAAUGCUUUAGAAUAUAACAAAUCCUUUAAAUCGGGCAUUCAGGAGAAAAUGACUAAUAAUAAACAAGCCAAUAAGAUAGAAAACAUUUAAUAAUACUGUUUAAAAGAUUAAUGGCUUAAAACUGCCUAUUUUAUUAACAAUUAAUUAGUAGACUAUACUUAUAUUUUCAAUAUAAUCAAUUCCUUAAGGAUCAGUGCCUAGUAUAGCACCUUAUGAACACAUAGUGAGCAGCUUUAAUAAAAAGUAGUUAGCCUAAAUUCAUUAGGACUUCAAAAAUACCAUUUAUAUCUGUGGGACCAUUCAUUGCUCUGGGCCUAGAUUUCCUCAUCUGUAAAAUGUGGGGAUUGGACUAAUUGAUUGAAGGGCUUUUCCAGCUUUAAAUGGAUGAUCCAGUAAUCCUAAAGUUCUUCUCAGCUUCAAAUUGAUCUGUAAUCCUAAAUUUGCUGAACUGAUUGCUGUAUAUUAACCUACUGCUAUUGUUCCUUAGUAGAAGGUGCAAAUACCAAUGAUUACACAGAUCCAGACCAAAAAAAAAAAAAAUCAGUGGGUCAAUGUGUGCAUUAAAAAGUUUCUAGAAGUGUCUAACUGGAUGAGGUAAUAGAAACAAUAAGAUCUAACUAUUUAUCUUCCUGUUAAAGGACAUUUCUGAUUCAGUGAAUAAAUUUAUAAAGUUGAGUAUUGUUAAGUUAAGAAAAUUCCUCCUGAGCAGGGGGCAUGUAUAUAAACCCUGGCAAAUAUUUUUAUAAACAUUAUCAAGACUACCACUAUUGUGAUAAUGGAAGAGUUUGUAAAAAUUUCACAUUGCUUUCUGGUGUGGUUUUGCAUUCAGUCACCUGACUAAAAAGGAAGAAAGGACUAAAUGGGAUCAUUCUUCCUUCUCAUUUUGCAGUGCUCCCUGAGAGCAGAGAAUGUUUCCUUUUUUUGUUUUUGUAAUUCUAAUCCCUAGCAUGUAAAGGCAUUGAGAUGUUGAAUUUAUGGAGGUUGAAUGGCUGAGACCUUUAGAGAUUUUGACUUGUCCAGGGUCACAAGAUCAAAUUCUUGAUGAAGCUGGACUAAAAGUCUCUAAUAUAUUGCAGGGUGUAUGCAUCUGCAAAAAGAGAUUUUUCCCUGUCAACCCAUUUUCCUGAUUUUUUUCUUCCUUCCCUCACCCCACUUUCCAGAUUGAGCAUGAAAGAAACUUGCAGCCCUAGCAGCACUUUAUAGAUUAUUAAGAAUGAAAGAGAAUUUGGCAAUAUGAUUUUCUUUGUCUAUGUUUUUGUUUCAGUUCAAGCCAUCAGUGAAAAAAAAAAAAAAAAAGCACCCUGGGAUGAUUGCCUGGAGUAGUAGUAACUCUGUUAAAUCUCUAGGAGGAAAAUCUUUUCUCCAUCAGGUGAUUAGUGGUCUAAAUCAGGUGCUGGUCAGGUCUGAAAGAGUACACUUAAUCUACUAAAGAGUAGCAUAUUCCCCCAGGAGAAUCUUGUAAAGUUAGCUUCACCUUCCAGAGUGUCCCCUCCUUUGCCACUGCCAUUUUAGAAUGUUCAUGCAAUGGAAAGAAAGGAAGCUGGACGUUCCUAAGGCAUUACUAACUACAACUUGUUAAAUAUUAUUUUAUAAAUGUGCAUCCCAGAAUCACUUAUGGAACUGGUUAAUUGCUUUUUUUCUCCAUUUAUUUAUGGGUGAUUUUAGACCCUUUGAAGCCAGUGUAGCGUAUAACAUGGGGAAUGGGAUGGAAGAAGGGGAGGGUGGGAAUUCUCAUUGUGCAGUGGUUUCAUAUUUGGGAGUUGUUGGGACAGGAAGGAAAAACACUUUCAGCCAUAGAGUUUGAGAGUGUCCUGUUGUGGGAUGGAGUGGGGAUGGAGAAGUGGCAUCUAUUUUGAGUUAUUACUUGCAUUAUUUUUGAAGAAUGGUUAAAUUUUUCUUGAGUUUAUACCUAAGAAAAGUAUAUAAGCAAACUCAUCUCUUCUUUCUGAUUAUACUGCACACAAGCCAUUGCGACGAUGCUUAUUUGCAAUAAAGCAUUUUCUGAAAUUC